AUGGUGUCCGGCCGUCGAGCAAAGAGAUCGAGGACCGCGGCGGCGGCGGAGGAGGAGGAGUUCGAUGACUUGGCCCUCGCCAUUGAGAAGGUUCAAGAAGUUCAGGACGAGCUUGACCAGAUUAACGAAGAAGCCAACCACGAGAUAUUGGCUAUGGAAAAAAAAUACGAUCAAAUUCGGGAUCCCUUUUACGUAAGGAGAGAUAAGAUCCUCAGUGGAAUACCAGACUUUUGGUCAACUUCGCUCUUGAGUCAUCCUACUAUUGAAGAUCUCUUGAACAUGGACGAUCGAGAGAUAUUUAAGUACUUGGAUACUCUUCAUGUGGAGAACUUUAAAGAUGAAAGAAUGGGUUAUUGCAUCACAUUUAAUUUCAAGCCCAACCCAUAUUUUGAUAACACCAAACUGACUAAGACCAUGGAGUUUUUUGACAAUGGGACUCUGAAGUCAACUGGCACGACUAUCAGAUGGAAGCCGGGCAAGGGCCCAUCUGACAUCAGCAAUUAUAUGAAGGAAAGAAACAAAAGGUCAUCAUCUCCAAAUAGCUUCUUUGACUGGUUUGAGUUUCGCCCUGAGUAUACAUUGGAGGUGGAUCGAGAUCCGGUUGCGGAGCUAAUUAAGGAAGAAAUAUGGGCGAACCCGAUCGAGCACCUUAACAAUGUUGAUGAUGAUGAUGAUGAUGAUGAUGAUGGUACUGAUGAUGAUGAUGAUGAUACCGACAAUGAUGAGGACUAUGAUGGUGAAAACGAAGACACCGAGGAAGAUGAUGAGGACGAGUAA